AUAUGCCGUUGGAUCUUGGACUUGAUUCUGGUUUCCAAGGGGUCACAGACUCACAUGCCCGCUAUAUAACUGGCGUCUAUCCUCUCUAUGCACUCCAUUCCGGCUCAACACGAUAACACCUCUCACUUCCAUUGCUGCUCUCCUCCUCAAGAAGCAGGCAACUGUCGGAGGACUAGUACUGAAAGCAGCAAGUUCCACCCAUGGCUGGAAACAAAUUGAUAGUGCUUGAUGCACUUGAUAAGGCCAAGACUCAACUGUACCAUUUCACGGCAAUUGUAAUUGCCGGAAUGGGCUUUUUCACAGAUGCAUACGAUCUGUUCUGCAUCUCCCUCGUCACCAAGUUACUCGGCCGGUUUUACUACACUAAAGAAGGCGCACUAAAGCCCGGCACGUUGCCUCCAAAUGUGGCUGAUGCUGUUAACGGCGUGGCACUUUGUGGCACAUUGGCCGGCCAGCUCUUCUUCGGUUGGCUUGGUGACAAAUUGGGCCGCAAGAAGGUCUAUGGUAUUACUCUUGUUCUCAUGGUGGUUUGCUCCGUUGCCUCAGGGCUCUCUUUCGGACGCUCAGCAAACGGUGUUAUAGCCACACUCUGUUUCUUCCGAUUUUGGCUUGGCUUUGGUAUCGGUGGUGACUACCCCCUUUCUGCUACAAUCAUGUCUGAAUAUGCCAACAAAAAGACUCGUGGGGCGUUUAUAGCAGCGGUUUUUGCCAUGCAAGGGUUUGGAAUUUUGGGAGGUGGGAUUGUUGCCUUGAUAGUUUCAAGCGCAUUCAAUAACAAAUACCAUCCUCCUGCAUACCAAGUCAAUGCAAAGGACUCCCUUCCACCCCAAUCUGACUAUAUUUGGCGCAUAAUUCUCAUGUUUGGAGCUCUUCCGGCUGCCCUCACAUACUACUGGCGUAUGAAAAUGCCAGAGACAGCUCGUUACACUGCCCUGGUCGCCAAAAACGCAAAACAAGCCGCGGCAGACAUGUCUAAGGUGCUUCAAGUUAAUAUUGAAGCUGAAGAGGAGAAAAUCGAAAGACUUGCAGUGGAGCCAUCCAAUUCCUUUGGCUUAUUCUCCAAGGAAUUCGCAAAACGCCAUGGCCUUCACUUGCUUGGAACCACUACCACGUGGUUCUUGUUGGACAUUGCCUUCUACAGCCAAAAUCUUUUCCAAAAGGAUAUCUUCUCCAAGAUUGGAUGGAUUCCAUCGCCAGAAACUAUGAGUGCGCCAGAAGAGGUUUUCAAGAUUGCAAGGGCGCAAACACUUAUUGCACUGUUCAGCACGGUGCCUGGGUAUUGGUGCACUGUGCUCUUCAUUGAUUAUAUGGGGCGCUUUGCAAUCCAAUUGAUGGGAUUCUUUUUCAUGACUGUCUUCAUGUUUGCACUUGCCAUACCUUACAAUCACUGGAUUCAAAAGUCACACCGGAUUGGCUUCGUCAUAAUCUACGCCUUGACCUUUUUCUUCGCCAACUUCGGUCCCAAUUCCACCACUUUUAUUGUGCCAGCAGAAAUCUUCCCUGCAAGGCUAAGGUCUACCUGUCAUGGAAUAUCAGCCGCAGCUGGGAAGGCAGGAGCUAUAGUUGGGGCAUUUGGGUUCUUGUAUGCCGCACAAAGCCAAGACCCGAAUAAAGUAGACGCUGGGUACCCUACAGGCAUUGGUGUGAAGAAUUCACUUCUUGUGCUUGGCGGAAUCAACUUCUUGGGAAUGUUAUUUACCUUGUUGGUGCCUGAAUCCAAAGGAAAAUCGUUGGAGGAGUUGACCGGAGAGAACGAAGACAAAAGCGGUGAUAUUUCCGAGCAGACCGCUGGUGCUAGGACUGUUCCAGUUCCAGUGUGAUUUCGUUUUGUUUACCCAAAAAAACAUCCAAUAUUUCAAGCUCUUAUGUCACAUUUUCAUCUGUGGUUUUUCCUUUGUAACUUCAUAUUACAAUGCAAUAAUAAUGUAGAUAUUUUGUUUUA